AUGGAGACCAACUUCAUCAGGAAUGUAAACAAGGUCGUGUGGGCUCUUCAAUUCAAAAAGGAGCUGUUAGAACACCUGAGCCACAAAGCCUUUGUGGUCACUGAGCAAACUUUGGGUCUCACAAUACUUGCACAUCUCUGUGUAAACCAUUGUCAAGGCGUGAUAUCACCCUACAGCAUGAAUAAAGACGAGCUGAGUGGCAGACGCCAGUCUCCCAGAGAGCGAGACACAGCAAACAACGAAAACAAUGCCGACAAAGACCAAUCCCCCUCACCGCGCUCUGUGGGAGAGAGCAUCGUCGUUGGUUUACCAGAUUACGAACCUGCUCCUGUGUAUUUCAGUAUGGUUGGACAAUUCGGUGGUCCGUGCUUUGACGGGUUGACCAACUUUUGGAAGAAGAGCAUGCAAGUGGAGGUGGAUGGUUCCGUUGAAGUGGAUGGGAAUGGUGCCCAAGUCAGGCAUCUUGCAGUAAAUACCGAGCAAGUUCAUGCCGCUGUGGCCUAUAUUGGCCAACGCGCAAAACAAGUCACAGGCAGGCUUUUCAUCACAGUGCUUCGCAAUCCAUCGCACCAGGACGGUCAACUCGAAGAAGUGGGCGAGGUAACGAUGUCGGGCUUUUGGCUAGAGGACACCAAAUUUGUGACAUGUGCCCAUUUCCUGAACACUGUCAAGAACGCGAAUGCCGACGAAACAGAAGCUUUUCUGAAAGUCGCGAAACCACAGAGCCCGCGAGCUUUCGUUUCCAACAAGAAGAUCGCUCUUCCAGGGAUAAGCGCAAGCACCUAUUAUCCCGGUCAAGAUGAUUUUGUCGAGAAUAGCGACGUGUCGCCAGCCCGAAAACAAUUCGCCAGGGAAGCCGGCAUAUGGAGCACGUGGGAAUUGUUUUGUGUGGAAAGCCAGCUCCUCAAUCCUGUCUCUGCAGGAAGGCCACCCAGCUUCACCUCGACAUUCACAGCUCACAACCGGAGCAUAGCCUUUGGUCAAAUCGAGACACCCUAUACAUCCAAUCCAUGCCACGGUAGGUCCGGCAACAGCCUCUUUGCGCAGACCAGAGAAUGCAGCAUUGUGGGGACCUAUGGGUGUUCGGGAGGUAUGGUGAGCCUCCUCUUCCACGGUGCAGGUGGCUGGCGAUCUGUCGUCGUGGGACUCUAUCAUGGGGAAAGCUGGAACGAUCGGAGAUACAACGAAAUUAUUGCUUUCACCCCCGCGUUCGUCGACGCCAUGCGGGCUGGGACCUUUUUGGAGCACUGA